CUGCAUUUAAUAUUUAUUUUGCCAAAGGUUACUUAAGGAUAUUUUAUUGCUUGAAGGUCAGCGACCUCAUAUUAAACUACCGCCGCAACUUCCUUGAAGUGUGUGGGACCAAACGCAUCAUUGUUUGAAGCGCAAACUGAAUCAAUGCCAUUAUUUCUCUCCCUCGACACGCAUAGACCAAAGCGUGCUGUCAGCAAGUCUGUGGCGGUUUCAUGCCCGAGUGACCAUUGGCCUAUCUCGGCCUCACACUGACACCUGGGACAUUUAAUGUGAAUCUCGGAGUCUGAAAACAUGGAUGUCCCACCAUUCCUUGCAGCGGAAGAGUGUUUCUCUGCGCAGUGAAUGAAUGAAGAACAUGCGGGGAUUGCUAAUGGUUUGGGAAGCGUAUGCUGUCUCCAGUCUCUCUGCAUCUCUGUGACCAUGUCGUGAUCUUUUCCGUGUUCCAUCGACCGCUCUUGCUCGCCGUGCAUCUAGCCCUCCCGCGGAACCUGAUAAUUGAUAACACAAAGAGGGGAAGCACGCCCCUGGAAUUGAUAUACAUACAAAAACCAUGAAGAUUAUCUCUCCGCUUCUAAGCAAUCCGGUCUUUGAGUAUUCGAUUAGACUUUUCCUGUGCCUCUUGGGGAUGGGAUAUUCGCAAGGAAUGCCGCACGUUUUAAGAUUUGGGGGUAUUUUUGAGUCAGUGGAAAAAAGCCCAUCUGGGGCAGAGGAGCUUGCCUUUAAAUUUGCUUUAAAUACAAUCAACCGAAACAGAACACUGCUGCCAAACACAACAUUAACGUACGACAUCCAAAGGAUAAAUAUUUAUGACAGUUUCGAAGCAUCCAGAAAAGCAUGUGAUCAACUCUCUCUGGGGGUGGCAGCCAUCUUUGGUCCUUCUCACAGUUCUUCAGCCAAUGCAGUACAGUCCAUUUGUAAUGCACUUGGGGUCCCCCACAUACAGACCCGGUGGAAGCAUCAAGUCUCAGACAACAGGGAUUCCUUCUAUGUCAAUCUCUACCCAGACUUCUCUUCUCUUAGUCAAGCCAUCCUCGAUCUGGUACAUUUCUUCAAAUGGAAAACUGUCACUGUGGUCUAUGAUGACAGUACAGGACUGAUUCGGUUACAAGAGCUCAUUAAAGCUCCAUCUCGGUAUAGUAUCCGCUUGAAGAUUCGGCAGCUUCCUGCAGAUACAAAGGAUUCCAAGCCCUUGCUGAAGGAAAUGAAAAGGAACAAGGAAUUCCACAUAAUAUUUGACUGUAGUCACGAAAUGGCGGCUGGGAUCUUGAAACAGGCUUUGUCAAUGGGAAUGAUGACUGAAUAUUAUCAUUACAUUUUCACUACCUUGGAUAUUUUUGCCUUGGACUUGGAGCCUUACCGUUACAGUGGAGUGAAUAUGACGGGGUUCCAGAUUCUCAACACUGAGAACAGCCAGGUCGCCUCCAUAAUUGAGAAAUGGUCAAUGGAAAGAUUGCAAGCCCCUCCCAAACCAGGCUCAGGCUUGCUGGAUGGCUUCAUGACGACAAAUGCUGCCUUGGUGUAUGAUGCUGUCCACGUUGUAUCUGUGGCUGUCCAGCAGUCCCCACAGAUGACAGUCAGUUCAUUACAGUGCAACAGGCACAAACCCUGGCGCUUCGGAGGACGCUUCAUGAAGUUUAUUAAAGAGGCUCACUGGGAAGGUCUAACAGGGAGGAUUAUAUUCAACAGUUCUAAUGGCUUGAGAACCGACUUUGAUUUAGAUGUGAUCAGCUUGAAGGAGGAAGGACUUGAAAAGGUUGGAACCUGGGAAACCAACAGCGGGUUGAACAUGACUGAGAACCGUAAAGGAAAGACGGCUAAUAUCACAGAUUCAUUAUCUAACCGGUCUUUAGUUGUUACAACAAUCCUGGAAGAGCCUUAUGUGAUGUUUAAAAAGUCGGAUAAACCUCUUUAUGGAAAUAGCCGAUUUGAGGGAUUCUGCAUUGACCUCCUCAAGGAAUUGUCCAAUAUCCUCGGAUUCACCUAUGAGGUCAGACUGGUGGAUGAUGGGAGAUAUGGAGUUCAGGAUGAAAAAGGACAAUGGAAUGGAAUGGUCAGGGAACUGAUGGAUCAUAAAGCUGAUCUUGCAGUUGCACCCCUGACUAUCACCUACGUACGAGAGAAGGUCAUUGACUUCUCAAAGCCAUUUAUGACUCUGGGAAUAAGUAUUUUGUACCGAAAGCCCAACGGUACAAACCCUGGCGUUUUCUCCUUCCUGAAUCCUCUCUCCCCUGAUAUCUGGAUGUAUAUUCUGCUGGCUUACUUGGGUGUCAGUUGUGUGCUGUUUGUCAUAGCCAGAAAAACAGAGGCCAGUUGGAGUGUCAUUGCCCCUUCUGGUUGCGCUGAGCUAACUUACACAGAAAUGGAUCUUCCUACUCGGUUUAGCCCAUAUGAGUGGUAUAAUCCCCACCCUUGCAAUCCCGACUCAGAUGUGGUGGAAAACAAUUUUACCUUGCUAAAUAGUUUCUGGUUUGGAGUUGGAGCUCUCAUGCAGCAAGGUUCCGAGCUAAUGCCCAAAGCCCUUUCCACCAGGAUCGUGGGUGGCAUUUGGUGGUUCUUCACGCUGAUCAUCAUUUCAUCGUACACUGCAAACUUAGCUGCUUUUCUCACGGUAGAGCGCAUGGAAUCUCCCAUUGAUUCAGCAGAUGACUUGGCAAAACAAACCAAGAUAGAGUAUGGAGCGGUUGCAGAUGGAGCCACUGUGACUUUCUUUAAGAAAUCCAAAAUAUCCACCUAUGAGAAGAUGUGGGCCUUCAUGAGCAGCAGACAGCACACAGCGCUUGUCAAAAAUAAUGAAGAGGGAAUCCAGCGUGUUUUAACCACAGAUUAUGCCUUGCUAAUGGAGUCAACGACCAUUGAGUUUGUCACACAGAGAAACUGCAAUUUGACGCAGAUCGGAGGUCUCAUAGAUUCCAAAGCUUAUGGAGUUGGCACUCCCAUGGGUUCACCGUACAGGGAAAAGAUCACAAUUGCCAUUCUCCAGCUGCAAGAGGACGGCAAGUUGCACAUGAUGAAGGAGAAAUGGUGGAGAGGGAAUGGCUGCCCCGAGGAAGAAAGUAAAGAAGCCAGUGCUUUAGGAGUCCAGAACAUUGGGGGCAUCUUUAUAGUACUAGCUGCUGGCCUGGUGCUCUCCAUCUUUGUAGCAGUGGGCGAAUUUCUGUAUAAGUCGAAAAAAAGUGCACAGCUUGAGAAGAGGUCCUUCUGUAGUGCAAUGGUCGAGGAGCUCAGGUUGUCUCUCAAGUGUCAACGACGACUGAAACACAGGCCUCAGCCACCAGUCAUAGUGAAAACAGAAGAGGUUAUCAACAUGCAUACCUUCAACGACAGGAGAUUGCCUGGAAAGGAAACAAUGGCAUGAAGUGUAGAAAAUCCACACCGAGCACAAACAGCAAUCUUUGUUCCCAAUGACCUGCAAGAGUGUUUCCUGUGGAAAUAUGCAAACCGUGCCGAACAAGCGAGUUACCUCAUGUUGCCGCAUCAAGAAACAGAAAUUGCCUACCACAUAAAAACAGGGUGGUCAAAGCCAGAUCCUGAAAACCUUGUGAAGGACCAAAACUUACAAAUAAAAUUUUUUUAAAAGAGUUUACACUUUUCCCUUUCCUUUCCUUUCCUCUUCUCAUCCCUCCUUCUCUUUCUCCCCAUGCAGGUAACAAACUGUGAUAAUAAUGGAAAAGAGAGAAAAAUGGAAAGGAAAGAGAAAACUGAUAUGGAGCUUUAGCUAAAGUAUAAAGAGAGCACAUAGUGCUAAUAAAUGUUCUAAGAUGCGCAGAGGGCAUUGAAAUAAUUGAGGUUAAAGAUGAAAGAGAACUGAGAGGCAUAGGAAGCCUGGUGAAACCCUCGUGAUCUCUCAGGUGUUUCGCCAUCAGAAGGCAACACAAGGCAAUAAUUGUUUUCUGUCAGAUGUUCUUUGUUAAAAGCAAGGAUCAGACUGCAAUGAACCCUCAAAAAAAAGAGAGACUAUUAGACAAUUAAUCUUAUUAAAUGAUGGAUUGUGAAGUACUUUUCAGAACUUGAAUGAUGAGGUAGGGUUUAACGUUUCGGUUUGCAUACCUCGUUGUGGUAACAGAAGAGUGUGUUUUCCCUCCCUGGUUCUUCAGAAUCAGUCCUUUCAAAUUGUGUCACCCACCUACACCCACAUCCAGCUGAAGUGAUUUGACACCUGACCUUUCAACUCGUGUGGUUCUGCCAAAAUAAAUAUGGAUAUAGGAUUGUUCAUUGACAUGACCCCAUGGUAAUGUUGCAGGAGACUCUUUUGUAGAAUGCACUAAAUCUCAAAUCACCACUGCUACAACUCCUUGUGGGCAGUUUUUCAAGAUGUUCAUGUUUAUUUGUGGAAAUGCAAGAUUUAUAUGAAAAUAGUUUUUGUAUGGAAUUUUUGUAAUAAUUUUUAUCAAAAAAUGAACACUCGGGCACUAAAUCUCAAUGGGUUUCCAUUAGGCUGAUAGCAUACAGUGAUGAACUAUUGUGUGUAAUAAAAGGCAAAGUCUUGGCCAUAUAUUGUGAUAAUAAAUGAAGUCCAUACUGUGUAUUGUCUGAAAUUUAUGCACAAAGAGAAAAAUAAUGGAAUAGAAAAAAAAAUAGUUGACUAUUUCACACUACAUUUAACUCAAUAUUUUGCACAAAGUAUUUGGCCGCCAGUGGAAGUGCAUUGCAUCCCUUCCUCAUGGUAUUUGGCAACUGUUCCAGCAAAAUAACUCACCAAGUACUACAGAGAGUAAAAUAAGAUGUUUUUCCAUUUGCUGAUAUUUGCAGAUACCUAAAAUAGUGUGAAGUAAAUCUAAUUGUGUUAAAUGUCAUCGCAUUGAGAAAUGUCAGAAAAAUCAAAACUAACAUAUUUCAUAUCCUCAAGAUCAGUGAAUGAUGGCCAUUUUUCUCUCUUAUUUAUCUAGAAAAAUUGCUUUGGGUCCUUCACCUCCCACUCCAACCUCAGCCCAUCCUGGCAUUUGAUAGUUUCAAUUCAUUUUAGGAAUUUCGGAGUUCAUUUCUCCAUGCAAAAAUCACCGCAUAUUUUUGUUAUCAGUAGAAUGGGUGAAGAAGAGUUUCAUGAACUUAGUCCUAAAUUUACCUGCUAAUUGUUUCUUCAUUGUGCCAUUCUCAUAAUAAUUUACUGAAUCUAUGUCUUCCAAUUACAAUUACUAUUUCCUGUCCAUCUACAAUGUUGCUUCUUAUUUACAUCCAAUGAAAAAUCCAGUUUACUUGUUUCCUGCCACACUAUAGAACUUGGGUUGUGGCUACUCCUGUGAGAAUGGAUGAGAGUGGCUGGAAGUGGGCAUAGAACUCAAGCUGUACCCUACUGGGAUAUUACUGAGCAUGACUUCUCUGACAUGUAUGGUUGCUUUGGUUACCUGGUGAAAUAUUCUACUUGCAUUUUUGGUUGUAGUUUUUGAACAUUGAACAUUGAGUGAACAAAGAACACUGAAUCAAUGUCAACUUCCCUGCUAGCCAUUUUUAAUACUAUUCCUGGAGUUAAUAUAUUCUUAUUUUUGUCUGAUUUCAGUAUCCUAACGUUAUUCUAUUUGCAUUUGGGGAAUGCUUCUCCAUGUCUACAUUUCUGGUGGGGAGUUGAGCCCACUGGACAGGGUCAUUGAUGAUUCAGGUAUUCACUAAGUACCAACUUUAUAUUACAUAUUUUUCAUAUUCCUUUACAAUGCAAAAGAGUGACCAUUCUUCCCACUGAGUUUAUACUCUCAAUGUAAUCCUUUCAAUCUCAUUCCCCAACCUACCUCACUGUAACGUAUUUUCUCUUGCCCAUCAACUUCCCUAAUUCCCCGUGUUUCACCAGAUGUAACAUAUAGUAGUCCAGUAAUCUACCAAUCUGCACUUCUUUGGAAUGUGGCGGGGGGGGCAACUGAAGCAUCAUUGGGAGUCCCAUGUAGUCAUUGGGAAAACAUACAUAUUCCUUAAAGACAGCAACAGAGGUCAGGGUCAAACAUGUGUCAAUUUAGCUGUGAGUCAGCAGCAUCAUCUGGCCUAGAAAUAACUAUAAUAUCUCUGUUCUGGUAAAUUAAAUGUAUGUUCAGAGAAUCAAGCUAGCCAUGACCAAAAUUCCCUAUUCUUUCUUGGACUCCCUACAUCCAAAGCAAAGUGACGUCACUCCUUUAUUCGUGGAAUCUAUCCUCAGAUUUAGUUAACUCUCCAAAUGUGAUGCAACACAUAAAUACACACACACACACACACACACACACACACACACACACACACACACACAAACACACACACACACACACACACACACCACACACCACACACACACCACACACACACACACACCACACACCACACACACACACACACACACACACACCACACACACACACACACACACAAAACACACACACACACCACACACGACACGCACACACACACACACACCACACACCACACACCACACACACACACACACACACGUUCCCACGCUCCCUUACUAGUGUUGGCAUUACACCACAUUGAUAGUGCAUCUUCCUCACAAUAAGCCUGAGUUGAAGUGGGGCACCUGUUUCCAAAAUAACUACAUGCUUUUCUAUUUAGAGAUAAAGAAUAAUCCAAAGUUAAGGCACUUUAUUAAAAUAAAGACAAAAUAUAGCUCAGUGAACUGGAAACUAAAUUAUAUUUUGAAAUCUUUGUUCAAUUGUUAACUCUCCUCUGAGCUUGCUUUUUGUCAAGAUUCUCCUUAGCUCACCUCCCCAAAUGAGAAAUGCCAUAUCAAUCGAUGUGCACAUGCAUACUCACAUGCACGCAGUGGCUGCUCUAUUAGGUACCUUCUGUAACUAAUAAGUGGCCACGGAUUGCAUGUUUCUGGUCUUCUGUUGCUUUAGUCCAUCCACUUCAAGGUUCAACAUGUGUGUUUGGAGAUGCUCCUCUGCACACCACUGGUUAUUAACAUUUCUGUUCCAUUCCUGUCAGCUUAAACCUGUCUGUCUUCUCUCAUUAACAAGCCAAGUUCACCUACGGAACUGCUGCUCACUGGAUAUUCUUUUGUUAUUUUGCACCAUCCUGGUGAAUUCUAGAGACUGUUUUGUGUGAAAAUCACAGAUGAGCAGUUUCUGAGCUAGCCAAACCACCCAAAUGGCACUAGCAACCAUUCCAUGGUCAAAGUCAUUUAGAUUACCUUUCUUCCCCAUUCUGAUAUUUUCUCUGAACAACUGAACCUCCUGAUCAUGUCUGCAUGUUUUUAUGCAUUGAGUGCUGCCACAUGAUUGGCUGAAUAGAUAUUUGCAUUAAUGGGCAGGUGUACCUAAUAAAGUAGCCACUAAGUGUAUGUACAUACAUUGCAAGAAAUAUUUUAUUUAGAAGGGAGUUAGAAGAGAAUUAGAAAUGAUACAAGGGCAAAAGAUUUGAAAGACACAUCAACAUUUCAGGGCAGCAAAUAUGCAAGAAUUACUUUGUUUAAAAGAUACUUGGUAAAUUUAGAGAGAAAACCUCUUCCACUUUUGCCCAUUUAUGUGAUUUCCAAGCGGUGUCAUGGUGUUCAAAACCACAUAUUUAAUUUAAAAUGACCAACUGACGUUGAAUAUAUCUCACUACUGGGUAUGGCUGCCCAUUACAAUGUGGUCCCUUCAUCAAAGAGGCCUUGAAUCAGAUCCAGCCUAGUCCAAUCCCUCCCAAUCUGCCCUUUGCACAAAAUUAUCCUGGACAUUAUGGAUCCCAAAUGGGAUGGAUCAUAGCCAACACAAAUAGUGAUGCAGCAAAGUGUCCAGUUUUAAUAUUGCUUGAGCAGAGUGGAUGAAACAGCUCAGAAGGAUCAUUAACUGAAGAAAAGAGUGGAAUUAAAAUGCCAAGAUAGGCUGUUCUGUUGGAGUUGAGUUUGACUCAUUGAGGAUCGCUCCCUUUGAGUAUUGAUUGGAACAAAAUUCUGAGCACAUUUGCCUAUGAAUUCAUCCCUGGUCAAAAGCACCAAGUGUGUACUAUUGUAACAAAAGCCUGUCGUAUGUUGCACCCAGUAUUCCACGGCAGAGCAUCAUGUGUGGAUGUGCUAUAUUGUACAGUGAUGUUGCCCACUUGUCAAAUGGCUUUAAAGUUGAAUCAUUUAAGAAAGAGAAAGACUAGGGAAAUUAUUGGGCAGACCGGAGUGAGACUGACCACACCCUGAGCCCCUCACUGCUCUUAGCUGGUUGAAUUUGGAUAACGGUGCAUCGAGAAUCCACAGAUAGUCCACCAUCUUGUAACAACAUAGUGAAAGAAAUAUACAAUAGACAAGGGCAUUUAUAUAAUGUGUGAAAUUAUUUUCCCUACAGGAAUUAACCUUGGGGAAAAAAUAUCAAUUCAAUUCAGAUUGGGAAAUAAUGCUGAAAUUAAUUGAGUUGGUGGAGCCUUCUAUGGCACCAGAAUAGACUAAGUGGGCUGGAUUACCUGUUACGUGCUGUAAAUUUGAUGUCAAUUUAAAAGAAAAGUAGAAAUCAGAAUCUGGUCAUUCACAGUUUAGGGAGGCACAUCACUUUUCACUGUACAGGGAGCCACAUCACCAUUCCAGGCAAGUGUGCUUGUUGCAACACGAGGAACCACCAAAAAUAAAUAGGUUAGGUUAUAGACAUGUUGGCUAGGUCUUGGCAAGAGUUCUACUGCAUUGUAGAAAACAUUCUAGCAGAAUUAUUUAUAGAGUAUUGCCUAGUUUGUCCAUUUAUUGCACAGGGAAAACAAUUCUUUGUUGUUCGGAUCAAAGUAAAGUACAUUUAUUUCGUACCUAAUGGGGCUACUGUUACAAAUCAACUGUUUCAUUCUCCUCUACUGAGCCCUUCACCCUGAUGAGCACAGUGCUGUGCCAGAAAUAAUGUAGAAAGUGAAAUUUCUCUUGCCUUUCUGGUAGGCGCUAUUUCCUGGGCAAGCUAACUUUGUGUUCAUUUGGCUAGAGUUGUACUUUUGUUAUCAAUGAUUUUAAUGGUUUGAAAAUAAAAUAUGCUCCUCCUCCACUUAUGGUCCCCUUCAUCAUUUUACAUGGUAACAAAUCUUUUUUUGGAGUCAUAAAAACUAUUACAGCACAGGAGGUUGCCACACUGCCCAUAAUGUCCACGCCUGCUCCCUUUUUAAGAACUCCGGUUCGGUUUUGCUG